GCCCGGAAGAGGUGUGUGGGCUCGCCAUGCAAGUCUCCAGCCUGAACGAGGUGAAGAUUUACAGCCUGAGCGCCGGCAGGAGCCUCCCGGAGUGGCUCUCAGACAGGAAGAAAAGAGCAUUACAGAAGAAAGAUGUGGAUAUCCGUAGAAGAAUUGAACUUAUUCAAGACUUUGAAAUGCCCACAGUUAGCACCAAGAUUAAGGUAUCAAGAGAUGGACAGUAUAUUAUGGCAGUUGGAACUUACAAACCGAGGAUCCGCUGUUACGAUACUUACCAGUUAUCCCAGAAGUUUGAAAGGUGCUUAGAUUCUGAAGUGGUUACAUUUGAGAUUUUAUCAGAUGAUUACUCAAAGAUUGUCUUCUUGCAGUGUGACAGAUAUGUGGAGUUUCAUUCACAACACGGACAUUACUACAGGACAAGAAUACCAAAAUUUGGUAGAGACUUCUCUUAUCACUACCCAUCAUGUGACCUGUAUUUUGUUGGAUCAAGUUCUGAAGUAUACAGGCUAAAUCUGGAACAAGGAAGGUUUCUGAACUCCCUGCCAACUGAUGCUUCAGAGAAUAAUGUUUGUGACAUCAAUCCUGUACACUACUUAUUUGCUGCAGGGACAGCUGAGGGUAAAGUGGAAUGCUGGGAUCCUAGAAGUCGAAAUCGAGUUGGGCUGUUGGAUUGUGCUUUAAGCAGUGUGACAGCAGAUACAGAGGUGGAUUGUCUGCCAUCUAUUUCAGCGCUGAAAUUUGAUGGAGCUCUGAAUAUGGCUGUUGGAACAUCUACUGGGCAGGUUUUAUUGUAUGACCUUCGGUCUAGUAACCCACUGAUAGUCAAAGAUCACCAGUAUGGCCUGCCUAUAAAGUCAAUUCAGUUUCAGCAUCAGUUGGAUUUAAUAAUCUCUGCAGAUUCUAGAAUCAUAAAGAUGUGGAACAAAGAUACCGGGAAGAUAUUUACUUCAAUGGAGCCAGAAUAUGAUAUCAAUGAUGUCUGUCUUUAUCCAAAUUCUGGAAUGCUAAUGACUGCCAAUGAAGCCCCUAGAAUGAAUAUCUAUUAUAUGCCAGUUUUGGGACCUGCCCCUAAAUGGUGUUCUUUCUUGGACAACUUGACUGAAGAGCUGGAAGAGAACCCAGAGAGCACAGUUUAUGAUGACUACAAAUUUGUAACCAGAAAAGACCUUGAAAAUUUAGGCCUUGCUCAUCUCAUUGGAUCAUCAUUGCUCAGAGCAUAUAUGCAUGGUUUUUUCAUGGACAUAAGGCUUUACCAUAAGGCAAAAAUGAUGGCCAACCCUUUUGCUUAUGAAGAAUACAGAAGAGAGAAAAUAAGACAGAAAAUAGAAGAAACACGUGCACAGAGAGUUCAGCUGAAGAAACUUCCCAAGGUCAAUAAAGAGCUUGCCCUCAAACUGAUUGAAGAAGAAGGAGAGGAACAACAGGCUACUAGAAAAAGGAAACAAAAGAAUCUGCCUAGCCUUCUCAAAGAUGAUCGUUUUAAGGUCAUGUUUGAGAAUCCUGAUUUCCAGGUAGAUGAGCAGAGUGAAGAAUUUAGGCUACUUAACCCACUUGUUUCUAAGAUAAGUGAGAAAAGAAAGAAGAAACUUAAGCUCUUACAGGAGCAGGAAGCAAGAGAACAGGAAGAGGAGGAAGAACCAGAAGGAAAACCAAGUGAUGCAGAAAGUUCUGAGAGUUCAGAUGAUGAAAAAGGUUGGGUUGAAGAGGUCAGGAAACAGCGCAAGCUUCUGCGCCAAGAGGAAAAAGUAAAGCGGCAGGAAAGGCUCAAGGAGGAUCAGCAAACAUUACUAAAACCUCAGUUUUUUGAGAUUAAAGAAGGAGAGGAAUUCAGAAGCUUCAAAGACUCUGCCAAAAAACAGAAGUUAAUGAAGAAAACUCUCGGAGAUCGUUUAAAGCUUGAAGAAAAACUUGGCACACUCAACGUAUCUGAUACGACAGUGGGCAGCAAACAGGCUACGUUCAAAUUAAAGAAGACCGAGCACCAGAAGAAACAGCAGGAGGCUGAGAAGCAACAUCGUCAAGAGAGGAAAGCUCUCAGGCGCUCUGCUAGUCAUCUCAAGAGCAAACAUGGAAGGGGACAACGGCUUCAUUGAUUUAUGUUAUCUUUUUAAGAAACUUUUUAUUUUUAAUUUGAAAGAGGGGCUUUGCAGUACCAGUGCAUUUGUAUUUUGUUUUAUUGAUGAGCAGAAACCAGAACUUGUAAACUCUGUCUUAGUUAUUGAAAAGUUAAUGAAAGUGUAAGUAUUGUCCAAGGGACGUGGUGCAUAUGGUAUGUUAUGAACUCCAGAGCAAACUGUAUUUGUGCAGAAAUCACCAGCAAGCGGUUAUUGUGUAACCCUGUAUGUUUUCUGUAUAAGAGUUUAUGUAUACAA